AUGUCGACACGCCCCCGAAGCGGCCGCGAGGGGUGGUGCGUACUCACCGCCGGCCUCGCCCUCUUCUUCGCCGCCGUGGCACCACCGUCGCCCCGAUCGCGCUCGAGGGCUCGAUGUCAACACGCCCCCGAGGCGACCGUGCGCCGUCUCCGCUCGCAUCCGCUCCGCUCCAGCCACCACGCCCGCCAUCGCCCUGCUGCUCCUCCCUGCAUUCGAGCGCUCGACAGGCAUCCAGGGCCUCCUCUGCCCCGGGCACCUCCGCUUCCGUAUGUCGCCGCGACGGCCGGCCCCGUCUCCUGGGUCUGCGCCGCCCCGCGGCCUUCUCCUCCUCGGUGCCGCGACGGCGGCCCCAUCCGCGCCGCCGCCCCGGCAACGUCCCAACAGACGCGCCCCAUCACCGCGGCGACUCGCUUCCACGCCCCCGCGCCCGCAGCUCCCCAUCACCGGCCUCCGCGCGCCGCGUCGACCCCCUACAUCUCCUCUGCCCGCGGCCGGACGCCCCGCGCCCGCCGGCUUCGCCCGGGCCGGCUCCGCCUCCGCCCGCGGCUUUGCCUCCCCGCGUCGACCCGGCCACCCCACGCCGGGUCCGGCUCCCCGCGUCGACCCGGCCGACUCACGCCGAGUCCGGCUCCCGCGCAGCCCCUCGGCUGCCACGCCCCUCGCCGCCUCCGGCUCGGUGCCCCGCCCGCCGGCCUCGUCUUCAAUCCGGCCCUCGCCCGUGGCCCCCAUCCGGCCGGCUCCCGCGUGCCCUGCCGGCUUCGCUCGCGCGCCCCCGCCGGGUCCGCCUCGCCCGGCCGGCCGCGUCGCCACCUUGCGCGCGGGUUCCGCGCCCCUGCCUGCGCCGCGUCCGGCUCCCGCACCGGCCCCUGCGUGCGGCCGCCUCCGUGCCCGGCCGGCCCCCGCCCCCGGCCGCCUGCCGGCCCCUCGCUCGCCGGUUUCAGGCAUGCGCGCUGCUCAAAUGCCACGGACGGAUGCUGCAUGCAAAAAAGAAAAGUCAACCGUAUGAGAAAAAAGAGAAAAAGAAAGUGCAGGAAGGCCGGGUCGCGCGCGCUACCCGGAAGUCCUGGUUGCUCCCGCUGCUCGGCCACUCAGAAAGAAAAUCAAGAAAAAGAAGAUAUGUCCGGAUGCUGCAGUCGCGACCUACCCGCGUCACCGUCUGGCCGCCCAGUCCGCCUGCCAGCUUUGACGCCUGGCCGGCUGGGGGCCCGACCCGGCCGCUCAUCCGCCUCGACGCCUGACCGUCCCGGUCCGCUGGCUGGGGCACCUCUCGAGCCACCCGGAGGCUUGGAGGCUGCAUCUAGUGGGCGGCAUGCGCCGGCAAUCAUCACCUCGUCCUUCGCCUCGUCUGCAUUAAAUCAAUCCUCCUCGCCCGGAGGCUCGGAGGCUACAUGCGGGUUGCGGACCCGACGCCGGCCGCAACCGGCGUUUUCAUCGCCGGUAUCCACAUCAUCAACAGCAAGACCCUCCGUGCAACUUCUCCAAGUUGCCCGGAGGCUCGGAGGCUACACCCAGUGCGCUCGCGCGCCCCCACUCAGUCGGCGGACUCCGCGUCCGCGCCCGGCAGGGCCCUGCGCCCCUCAGCCGGCGGACUCCGCGUCCGCGUCCAGCGCCCUCGACGUCACUGUCGGCUUCAUCAACAACAACGAAGACCCUCCGCCCAACUUUUCCAAGUUGCCCGGAGGCUCGGAGGCUACAUCCAGUGGGUGCGCUCGUGCGCCCCCACUCAGCCGGCGGACUCCGCGUCCGCGCCCGGCUCCCUCGACAUCAUCGUCGGCUUCAUCAUCAACAGCAAGACCCUCCACGCAAAUUUUCCAAGUUGCCCGGAGGCUCGGAGGCUACACCCAGUGGGUGCGCUCGCGCGCCCCCGCUCAGCCGGCGGACUCCGUGUCCGCGCCCGGCAGGGCCCUGCGCCCCUCAGCCGGCGGACUCCGCAUCCACGCCCAGCGCCCUCGACAUCACCGUCGGCUUCUUCAACAACGGCAAGACCCUCCGCGCAACUUUUCCAAGUUGCCCGGAGGCUCGGAGGCUACACCCAGUGGGUGCGCUCGCAUGCCCCCACCCGAAACACGCCGUUCCUGUUGCACGCCCGUCGCCGGCUGCAACCGGCAUCUGCUGCUUCAUCGACGCCCACUAAAAACCCUCCGCGCAACUUUUCCAAGUUGCCCGGAGGCUCAGAGGCUACUGUCGGGGGGAUGACCCCCGGGUAGGCCAAAGACUGUGAACACGCUUCAAAAACAUCGGGACCAGCAACGCCCCUCAAUCCGGCUCGCACUUGGCCGGGUUGCUCAACCCGGCCAAGUCCGUCAACCCGGCCGGACUCCUCAACCCGGCCGCCCGGCCAGGUCCCUGUCCGGCUGCUCCAGCCGGCCCGCUACGCGAAGUCAACUGCGACAUCACAUCCGAUGCGACACCAACAAGACGGCCAUACUGUUCACUCGUCACACACAGCAUCAUCUACAAUGUACUUUGUCCCCGGGCAUUGAUUUAUAAAAUGCCCCAGGGACAAAACUUAGCCUAGCUCCCAAGCUACACACGGCUUGGGAUGUAAGCUACACUAGCUUACAUCCCAAGCACACACCCAUGCCCACCUAGCUUACACCCAAAGCUAGUUCACACUACAAAGUCAACAUCCAUCCAUCCAUCCAGGAGGAAAAGACACUCACGCACACAAGCUAGCUGGCUGGCAAGCUAGCUAGCCACCCAUCCAUCCAUUCCCAGGGCCACAAUGGCUCGAUGGGCACACACUCAUACGGCCACAAGGCCACCCGCGCCACACAUGUGCUAGCAGAUGAGCACACAGUUCUCUUCUACCCGCUUUCAGAUAUAGCUCCAGGAGCAACUUUGUACUACCCGACAUGUACACCGCAUAUAUAUUCAGACAUGCAGCAGUAGGAGUAUUAUCUCUC